AUGAGUAAAAUAAGAAUAGCUAUCGAUAGAGGGGGAACAUUCACAGACUGCAUUGGUAACCCGGGAUCCGGAGAUGCCAAGGACGACGUGGUUAUAAAGUUGUUGUCUGUGGACAGCAAAAACUAUCCAGAUGCACCAUUGGAGGGUAUUAGAAGACUUCUGGAAAUUUUCCAGAAAAAGACCAUUCCAAGAGGUAUUCCUUUAGACUUGUCCGAAGUAGAGAGCUUGAGAAUGGGAACUACAUUGGCAACCAAUUGCGCACUUGAACGUAAUGGCGAACGCUGCGCCUUUAUUACCACCAAGGGUUUCAAGGACAGUCUCUUGAUAGGAGACCAGACCAGGCCAAAAAUUUUUGACUUGAGCAUCAAACGUCUCAAACCGCUCUACGACGAAGUCAUUGAAGUCGAUGAAAGAGUGACCCUAGAGGACUUCUCAGAAGAUCCAGAAAAUUUCAAGUCAAAAGCUAACCCUAACGAGGGCGUAUACGUGGGCAAAAGUGGAGAACUCGUGCGAGUUUUGAAAAAACCCGAUCUCUCGGCUUUACAAACUUCUCUGUUAUCAGUCUAUGAUAAAGGCAUCCGCUCAAUCGGAAUAGCACUUCUUCAUUCCUACACUUAUCCAGAACAUGAGGAGGAAGUUGCGAAGCUGGCCUCUGAGAUCGGCUUCACCCAUAUCUCUUUAUCGUCACAAGUUUCGCCGAUGAUCAAGUAUUUGCCUAGAGCUAAUAGCGCCAUCGCUGACGCUUAUCUGACACCCGUCAUAAAAAAAUACCUGGAUGGUCUCCAAGCCGGUCUCAUUAAUACUCAAAACACAAGCAUUCAGUUUAUGCAAUCCGAUGGUGGAUUGGUAGAGGGCUCUAAAUUUUCCGGCUUAAAGUCGAUUCUUUCCGGUCCUGCUGGAGGUGUAGUUGGCUAUUCAGCUACUUGCUAUGACGCUGAAACUAACACUCCUCUCAUAGGUUUUGACAUGGGGGGGACAUCCACAGACGUCAGUCGGUACGGCGAGGGUAAACUGGAUCAUGUCUUUGAAACUACCACCGCUGGCAUCGUAAUACAAAGCCCUCAACUAGAUAUUCACACUGUUGCUGCUGGUGGGAGUUCAAUGCUGUUUUGGGAAAAUGGUCUUUUCAGGGUCGGGCCUGAAUCUGCUACAGCCGAACCUGGACCAGCCUGUUAUCGUAAAGGUGGGCCUUUGACUGUUACAGACGCUAAUCUAUUACUAGGACGCUUGGUUCCUGAAUUGUUCCCAAAGAUUUUUGGUCCUAAUGAGAACGAGUCUCUGGAUUUGGAUGCCACCCGAACAAAAUUUGAAGAAUUGACAAAAACUAUCAACGCUGACCUAGGUACGGCUUAUUCGGCUGAAGAAGUCGCAUAUGGCUUUGUUAAAGUUGCAAACGAAUCAAUGGCCCGUCCAAUCAGAGGUCUAACGGAAGCUAAAGGUCAUGUUAUUUCCACACAUGAGCUUGUCACGUUCGGCGGUGCAGGUGGACAGCAUGCUGUUGCAGUGGCUGAAUCCCUUGGAAUCAAAACCGUUCUUGCGCAUCGUUAUUCUUCGAUUUUAUCAGCAUACGGAAUGUUCCUUGCAGAUGUUGUUGAGGAAAGCCAGGAGCCUUGCUCAUUUGUUAUGGACAAUGCUGAUGCAAAGAAGGAAGUGAUGAAGAAGUUGGCGACAAUCGUGAGUAAAGUCACAACUAACUUGACGAAGCAAGGCUUUUCUUUAAGUGACCUGCAUUUCGAAAAGUAUUUGAACUUGAGAUAUGAGGGCACUGAAACAAGUUUAAUGAUACUUCAGGAUGGUGAGGAAUGGAAUUUCAGUAACGACUUCGCAGCGUCGCAUCUAAGAGAAUUCGGGUUUGUCUUCAAGAACAGAUCAAUUAUCAUCGACGAUGUGAGGAUCAGGGCUGUGGCAAAGUCCCCAGUCAGAUCUACGAAAUCGAUCACAAGGGAACUCAACUCCCUUGCCAGUACUGAUGCCAAUACUGGAAGUGAUGUCGCAUUUCACAAGGAUGUCUUUUUCGAGGGCAAGCUUGUGAAGACUCCUGUGUACCGAAUCGAUAACACUUCGAGUGGCGCACUCAUCAAAGGUCCCUGCAUCUUGGCUGAUGGAACUCAAACUAAUAUCAUCCCAAGUAACGCUUCGGCGGCGGUUCUCAGCUCUCAUAUUGUCAUAACGAUAAACUCUAAGACAAAGGAGGACGAUAAGGCUGCAGCGUCCAAAAUUGAUCCUGUACUACUUUCGAUAUUCAGCCACAGAUUUAUGGACAUAGCCGAACAAAUGGGCACACAGCUGAGAAAGACCUCAGUAUCUACAAAUGUCAAAGAGCGACUAGAUUUCUCCUGUGCCCUGUUUGACCCAGACGGAAACCUUGUUGCGAAUGCACCUCAUGUACCUGUACACCUGGGUUCAAUGUCUACAUGCAUUUCUGUGCAGGCCAAACUAUGGAAAGGAAAACUGAAGCGUGGUGAUGUUUUAUUUUCAAAUCACCCUGAAAUGGGUGGAACUCAUCUUCCAGACAUCACCGUCAUAACACCGGCUUUUUCUGAUACGAACGACGAAAUAAUAUUCUACGUGGCUUCAAGAGCCCAUCAUGCCGACAUUGGUGGUAUUCUACCUGGAUCCGUUCCUCCUAAUUCUAAGGAACUUUUUGAAGAAGGUGCAGCCAUAUAUUCAGAACUUUUGGUGAAAGAAGGACACUUUGAUGAACAUUUGGUAGAAAAGCUUUUGCUUGAAGAUCCCGCCCAGUAUCCCGGAUGCUCAGGGUCUCGGAAAAUAAGUGACAACAUCAGCGACCUCAAAGCUCAGAUCGCCGCAAAUAACAAAGGAAUUCAGUUAAUUGCAAAACUGAUGAAGGAUUUCGGCAUUGAAGUUAUAGUAAAGUACAUGCUUGCAAUUCAGGAAAACGCCUCUUCCACUGUGAAAUAUGCCCUCAAGCAACUGACAGAGCAUUUCAAUGCUUCCGAGUUCAAUGGAGAGGACUAUAUGGAUGACGGUACUCUGAUCAAACUAAAGGUCACACUUGAUAUUGAAAAAGAAGAAUAUGUUUUUGAUUUCGAUGGGACUUCGCCGCAGGUGUAUGGUAACUUGAAUGCACCCGAGGCAAUCACAAAUUCAGCCAUUCUAUAUUGCUUGCGUUGCUUGGUGAAUAGGGACAUCCCAUUGAAUCAAGGUUGUCUCAAACCAGUGACGGUAAAGAUACCAAAGGGAUCUAUUUUGAGUCCUACGAAAGGCGUGGCUGUUGUAGGGGGUAAUGUUUUGACUUCCCAGAGAGUCACCGACGUGGUUUUGAAAACCUUCAAAAUUAUGGCCGAUUCCCAAGGUGACUGUAACAAUUUCACGUUCGGAACGGGUGGUAAAGACGCAAAUGGAGAAGUGGUCAACGGGUUUGGCUACUACGAAACGAUUUGCGGUGGACACGGAGCCGGCGCGGAUUCUUGGAGGGGCCCUGGAUGGAAUGGAGCACACGCAGUUCACACGAAUAUGACAAACACGAGGAUGACGGAUGUAGAGAUUUUCGAGAGAAGAUACCCUGUUAUUUUGCGCGAAUUUUCUGUGCGCACUGAUUCCGGCGGUAAUGGAAAAUACAGCGGAGGAAAUGGGGUACUCCGUGACAUUGAGUUUCGCAAGCCUGUCCAAGCUUCUAUACUGUCUGAAAGACGCGUCGUUGCUCCUCAUGGCCUCAAUGGAGGUGGCGACGGUGAAAGAGGCCUCAAUUUAUGGAUACGCAAAGACCUUGGAUCUGUCACGAAUAUUGGCGCCAAGAACACGAUUAAGGUUCAUCCCGGUGAUAGAGUUAUUAUAAUGACACCUGGUGGUGGUGGAUGGGGCAAGAUGGACAAUAAAUGA